UUAGUCAUUAAAUAAUUAAGACAAAAAAUGUUCAAGCUACUUGCUGAUCAUAUAAAAUUAAUAUCAGUUAGCACUUGAAACUUGUAAGAGAAAGGUUUAAAUAAAGUUAGAGGAACUAAUUGUGUUUGAAAAGAAAAGUGUGAUAAAGAUGGAAUCUCACUCCCAACAGCUGAAUGUAAUUUUUGUUCCAUAUCCAACUCCUGGCCAUAUUAUUCCAAUGAUAGACACAACAAGGGUAUUUGCAAAUCAUGGUGUUAGUGUUACCAUUAUCACUACACAAGCAAAUGCUUUGAUAUUCCAGAAAGCCAUAGACAGUGACUUCAGUUCAGGAUAUGCCAUCAGAACUCAAGUUAUUCAGUUUCCUUCAGCUCAACUAGGUCUCCCUCAAGGAGUUGAAAACAUCAAAUCUGGCACCUCCCAAGAAAUGCUGGGAAAAAUCAGUCAGGGAAUUUCAAUGCUCCAAGAUCAAAUUGAGGUUGUGUUACAAGAUCAGCAACCAGAGCGAAGGCUGCGUAUUUUUAGCAUCAAAUAG